CGUGCCUACGCGCCUCAAUUGUUUCACACUUCUAUGAUGACUACGCUCGAAUGACACGCGGACCUUUGUCCUUUACCUUCCUUCCGUCGCACACCAGGCACAAGCUGGUUCCGGCUUGCCAAAAUUCUAGUGCUCGCAGCCGCCUCAAAUGACCGUACGGAUCCGCUUUGUCGCCGGAAGAAUCGAUGUAGCAGCGUAAUACCAUUCCGUCGAGGUGCUUGAUGCCAUUUCGGAGCGAAAAUCGCGUCGACGAAACCUUUACCGUUACCAUCUGACGAGUAAAGCGUGCGAAAACGAAGGAGCAAGCUAAGAAAAUCCUUGGUGAACUUUGCAAAUGUGUCCCGUGAUACAUAUUCGCGCACAUAACGCACUGAGGAGAUCAUUGAAAAAUUGUUGACUGGUUGCCUGUACUUGGAAGGGAGUCAGUGAUGAAGGGUCGAUGAAGAAUCAUUGGCAUGGCCACCCACCUUAGCCCCCGAAACUCGGAGGUGAACGCUCUCGAACAGCGGGGCUAUCUCAUCGGCAAGAAGAUUGGGCAGGGCUCUUACGCUACUGUCCAUCUAGCAGAGUAUAUCGAUGGAACAAAUUCCAAGAAGAUGCGCCUGGCCUGUAAGAUCUUCGAUAAGGAGAAGGCACCGACUGACUUUUUGGACAAGUUCUUCCCCCGCGAGCUCGAGAUUCUAACGAAGAUAGAAAAUCCGCAUAUUAUUCAAGUGCACAGUAUCCUACAACGCGGCCCACGCGUCUUUAUUUUCAUGCGCUACGCCGACAACGGUGACCUGCUCGACUUCGUGAUGAACAACGGCAUGGUGCCGGAGCAACAGUCGUGUCUCUGGUUUCGUCAAAUGGCAUCCGGCUUGCAUUACCUACAUAGCAAGAACAUCGCCCACCGAGAUCUCAAGUGCGAGAACAUACUGCUCUCGCGGAAAUUCAACGUGAAACUGGCGGACUUCGGUUUCGCCAGGUUCUGCGUAGACCAUGAAGGCAAGCGGGUCCUCAGCCAGACGUAUUGCGGCUCGGCGGCCUACGCCGCGCCGGAAGUGGUUGCCGGCACACCGUACAAUCCGAAAUUGGCGGACGUGUGGUCGCUCGGUAUCAUUCUCUUCAUCAUGCUGAACGGUACGAUGCCGUUCGACGAUAAGAAUCUGCGGCAGCUCCUCAAGGACCAAAUGUCGCGCAACUGGGUGUUCCGAUCGCGCAUCCGCGACACCGUGUCCACGUUAGCGAAGAACAUCGUCCGGCAAAUCCUUGAGCCAGACAUCACCCUCCGGUUGACCCUCGAAAGGGUAUUGGGUCAUGAGUGGAUGAGGACGAAAAAGGAGAGAGCAGGUUCCCUCACUGGAAGGCUUGUUCACUCGGCGCCACCGAGUCAUACUCCGAUGUGUGGAGGCGGUAAUCUAGGCGGAUUGAAUACCACAGGAACCGGAAACAUACCUGUCGUAGCAAGGGCACUCCCUGUGUUAAAAAACUCGAAAAAUCAGAAUCAACCAUCUUCAAAGGCAGUAAAUACUUCAGAGAAAGAUGUGCAAAAACCUAUCAGCGUUGGAUAAAAGAAAAAAAGACUCGUCGGAAUUGAUCGAUAUCGAAGAUGUACAAUUCCAAGAUGUACAAUUGGAAACAAGAGACUUGCAAACUAACAAAUUUGAAAAAUAACUAAUUUUUUAGAAUAUUUACACUUUAUCUUCAUUAAUUAAUGCAUCUUUUUUAACUUUCUAUUGAUUACGUUCAAUGCGAAUUUACACAACAUUGAUAACGUUUUGUUAAUAAAGAUCCAUAAUUUUGCAAUGCAAUGAUACAAAGAAAUUUCAUAUCUAUUAACAAUCUCUUUGGAGAUUCAUGGGCUUUUGUCAAGUUCAUGAAGGCUCAAUAAAAUAAAUAUCUACUGAGUGUAUUAAUAAUAAGUAUAUUAUACAGUUAUCUAUUAAUAUACAAAACUAUAAUCUUUUUUGGUUACAUAUACAUAUAACGCGCUAGUUUGUGUAGAUAAUGUAUAAUGUAUAACGACAUACAUGAUAUACUUUUCUCUUCUAUAUCUAAUUUACAUUAUUACAUUAAAAUAG